ACAAGUCUUAAUAUGUUUAACGUGGAGAAUAGUGAGAUGCAUAUUUGAUAAUUCACUGCCGUCUGCAUCAUCUCUAUAUUACAAAAUUUCAUUUCAACCGUUUACUAUUUAACUUACAGAACAAAGGGAGUUAUCUUAGAUAACUUGUAAUAUGCUGGGAUAUGUUCCAAUUCACGAUAUAGGGAGAAAAAAAGUGUCCAGAGCCCUUAGAAGAAAAUACUUUGAAUUUAAAUGUGACACACACAUUGAACCCACGUGACACGCCAGGCAGGCAGUGGAAGUCAAAUGCAUUUGUUUUUGUUACAUCCAUCAGGGAGAUCUCUUUCACAAUUAUGGGAGAGGCCUGUUCUUCCACUCCCACAGCUGAAGUUUGGGACAAAGUCUGAGAAAAUCCCAGGCACCCGCGGCUCCUAUCGAAGCCGGCACAGGGCAGAGCGCAUCUUCCCAGGUUUCAGCCUUCAGAUUGCAGGCCUCUCUAACCCGCGGAGCGCCUGAGAAAUAAGAGCUAUUCCAAGGAGGGGCCCUGGGUCUUCACAGACGCUUCAUAAAGGUGUGCGUCCGGCCAAGGAAGGCUGGCGGCACAGCGGCGGCGACAAGUCUCCAUACAUUCUUCAAGCAGUAGUGGCUGGGUCUGGGUACCCAACCGACCAGCCGGAGACGCCAGAGGCCAGAGAACGAAGUCGGAAGCCCGCGCCCGGAGACAACCGGGAUCCCACUUAGCUCCGCGCGGUCCCCGCCUCGGCCGGAAGGGGGCGUGGCCUAGGGCCGGCGCGGCGAGACCCGCUGCUGAGUGGGGGGAUCCUCCCGGGCCCCGGCCGCGCGUUUCCGGCGCGCUCCCCCGCGCCCUCCGUCCUGUGGUCUCGCCCGCCCCUGCUGCCAUGUUGGAUUGUGCGGCCGCCGCCGCUGCUGCGGGAAGGUUGGGGGAGGAGUUGGGAGUUUAGCGCAGUCGCCGGAGUGCGAGGACAACGACCAUCCGGCCCUAGCCUGACCCGGCGGGAGCUGGGAGCCCCCUUCUCUCAGCGCGGCCCGAAGGUGGCUCGCUGUCAGCGCCUGCGUCCCUCGACCUCCUCCUCCUCCUCCCCGCGCCGGAGGAGCUGCGAGAUGCAGCGCCUCUGACUCCGCUCCUCCCAGACCCUGUCACCGAGAGGGGGAACGAGCUCUAGUCCACUCGCCGGAGGAGACGGCCCUGGACUCCCAGCCCCGCCGGCGAAACCAUGAGCUCCGUCCAGCAGCAGCCGCCACCGCCGCGGAGGGUCACCAACGUGGGGUCCUUGCUGCUCACUCCGCAGGAGAAUGAGUCCCUCUUCACUUUCCUCGGCAAGAAAUGUGUGACUAUGUCUUCAGCAGUGGUGCAGUUAUAUGCAGCAGAUCGGAACUGUAUGUGGUCAAAGAAGUGCAGCGGUGUUGCUUGUCUUGUUAAGGACAAUCCACAGAGAUCUUAUUUUUUAAGAAUAUUUGACAUUAAGGAUGGGAAACUAUUGUGGGAACAAGAGCUAUACAAUAACUUUGUAUAUAAUAGUCCUAGAGGAUAUUUUCAUACCUUUGCUGGAGAUACUUGUCAAGUUGCUCUUAAUUUUGCCAAUGAAGAAGAAGCAAAAAAAUUCCGAAAAGCAGUUACAGACCUCUUGGGCCGCCGACAAAGGAAAUCUGAGAAAAGACGAGACCCCCCAAAUGGUCCUAAUCUACCCAUGGCUACAGUUGACAUAAAAAAUCCAGAAAUCACAACAAAUAGAUUUUAUGGUCCACAAGUUAACAACAUCUCCCAUACCAAAGAAAAAAAGAAAGGAAAAGCUAAAAAGAAGAGAUUAACCAAGGCAGAUAUAGGAACACCAAGCAAUUUCCAACACAUUGGACAUGUUGGUUGGGAUCCAAAUACAGGCUUUGAUUUGAAUAAUUUGGAUCCAGAAUUGAAAAAUCUUUUCGAUAUGUGUGGAAUCUCAGAGGCACAACUUAAAGACAGAGAAACAUCAAAAGUUAUAUAUGACUUUAUUGAAAAAACAGGAGGCGUUGAAGCUGUUAAAAAUGAACUGCGAAGGCAAGCACCACCACCUCCACCACCAUCAAGGGGAGGGCCACCGCCUCCCCCUCCCCCUCCGCACAACUCAGGUCCUCCUCCUCCUCCUGCCAGGGGAAGAGGCGCUCCUCCCCCACCGCCUUCAAGAGCUCCCACAGCUGCACCUCCACCACCGCCUCCUUCCAGGCCAAGUGUAGCAGUCCCUCCACCACCGCCAAAUAGGAUGUACCCUCCUCCGCCUCCAGCCCUUCCCUCCUCAGCACCUUCAGGGCCUCCACCACCACCUCCAUCUGUGUUGGGGGUAGGGCCAGUGGCACCACCCCCACCACCUCCACCUCCACCUCCACCUGGGCCACCGCCCCUCACUGGCCUUGGCCUUUCUUCUGACGGGGACCAUCAGGUUCCAACUACUGCAGGAAACAAAGCAGCUCUUUUAGAUCAAAUUAGAGAGGGUGCUCAGCUAAAAAAAGUGGAGCAGAACAGUCGGCCAGUGUCCUGCUCUGGACGAGAUGCACUGUUAGACCAGAUACGACAGGGUAUCCAACUAAAGUCUGUGUCUGAUGGCCAAGAGUCUACACCACCAACACCUGCACCCACUUCAGGAAUUGUGGGUGCAUUAAUGGAAGUGAUGCAGAAAAGGAGCAAAGCCAUUCAUUCUUCAGAUGAAGAUGAAGAUGAAGAUGAUGAAGAAGAUUUUGAGGAUGAUGAUGAGUGGGAAGACUGAUCUAUAUAUUAUAUAUAUAUAUAUAUAUAUUUUUAAGGUGAAAUACUAAACACUACUUUCUUUCUGUGGAUUCUGUAAAAUUAUCAUGUAAAUGUUCUACCAAUUUGCUGUAUAUUUUUGUUGCCUUUUUUGCUUUUUUUUUUUUAAUUAAUCUGUGCAAUACCUCAUUUAAUCUGUAAAGGUUUGUCAUAAUCCUCUACAAAGCUACUCCCUGUUAUUGUGUGCAAGUUUACACCAGGAUGCUCACUUGAUUUGUGAAUAGUUUUCAUUCCAUCAACAAGGGAGUUUAAAUACUAUAUGUGAGACUGACAAAAACCUUAAUGUAAUUUACUUAUAAUGCCAGAAGGAAAACACUAUUUUCAUACCCUACUUUUUCUGUACCUAAAUUUUCUUAAAAAAAAAAAAAUCUAGUAUAGCACUACAUUCUUUUUUAAGUGAUGCAAACCUUAGUUUCUUUAGCCCCUUUAUUUUGAAUACAACACUACAUAUGAAUGUUGAAGCCGAUACAUUGCACAGUUCUCUAGACAUCACUAUACUGAUGCAGUUUCUCAAAUUUUAGCAAUAUGCUCUACAUAAAAUCACUACAGAGAUACUAGUGGGGAAGAUGAGUAACACACCUCUUACAGCAAUACUGCCUGUUAUUGGGAUAGCAGUGGUAUUUGCAGGCUGGAAUCAUAAGGAGCCCUUACAUACUUGUUAUUGACUAAGGUUAUUUUGAUGCUGUUAGCAAAUGUGGCAGGCCUUUUUUGGCAAAAUUUUUGAAAUUUUUUUUUGGUAUUAUUAUGAAACAAAAUUUAAGUUGAAGUUUGGGGGAUUUAGGGAGUACUUUUCAUUCUACAUGAACUGAAGUCAUAUUGUGGUUACUCCAAUAUUUGGUUAAAAAAACUAUACAAAUCAGAAUAGUACUAAAGUAGUGUGGAAUUUCAGCAUUUUUAUUUUGCACUUCGUGUGGAUUGAGGUAUUCAAAAAUACCAACUGUGAAAAUCUAACCUAGUUGGCAAAGAUAUUCACUGAAACGCAGGACCUCACAUGCAUUUAUUUUGAUAAUUUUUGACGAUUUUUGUCAAAUAGCAAGUGAAGGGUUACAUUUUUUUAAAAAGAUCAGUGACCCCAGUGUCAAAUUUCUUGGAACACAUAACUGAGUGAUAGAUUCUUUUUAAAAAUAAAACUUUACAACCUGCACAUUUGUUAUGUAUACUAAAUGGUGUGUUAAAAAUAGGGUUUCUUUGCCUCUCUGCAAUACACUAAUCUGCCAAAAGGUGGUUGUUUCAUAUUUAUAAUGCUAAUUAUCAUACCUACCUACUUUAAAUUUUAGGUAGAAAAUUAUCUGAUUUAAAUACAGACAUAUUUUUCUCACAUUGAGUCAUAUGCAUAAUGUAGUUCCAAAUGUAUUUCAUUACUUAGUCGCAAUAUCCAACUAAAAAUUAUGCUAUCUAGAACUGUACCGACCAAAUCUAGUAUUGGCAGAUCUUGACAGGCUGGACCUGCAAGAUGUGGCUUGAAUUUUAACCAUUUAUUACAUAAUCUAUAGUGAUCAUGCAUCUAGUUAUCAUAAGAAAUAAUUUAAAAGGUUUUGUUGCUGAAAGCAGUAAGUGGUGCAGUAAAAUAGUUAAGUUAUUCAAAGAAUGUUAUCUUUCUUGCAAGAGUAAUUUAAGCACAUGGGAGGAAAGAUUCUAGACUUUUUGUUUCUUGCAACAACAGUGCCCUCUGCUGCUAGAAACCUUUUUCUACUUACUAUCAUUUUUAUUGUGGCUUGAGCUCAGUGAAUCUGGUGCAGAUGAGGCUGAACAGCUACUAACCAAUAAGAUCAGGAAUUUGUACAAAAGUUAAAUGGGACAUUAUAAUUAUUUUAAGUAAUGUUAAUUUUUUUUUUCUUUUUGACAAUAUGAAAACAUUUUAAAUUUCCUAGAAAUGUCUUCAAGGUAAUGCCAAUUUAAGAUCUCUCUUAACUUUUGGCCAAGGAAUUCAAGAUUUUCGAGCUAACUUUGGUAUAACAAAUAUUUAUCAGGAACUUGUCUCAGCAGAGAGUAUCCAUUCUUUGAAGUCGAAGCACAAUUUUGAACAUGUAAGAUGGAUAUAUAAUUUGCCAAAGGUAAUUGAAUUUAUUCUUUUUUUCUUAAAGAAAAAAAAGACUUUGGUUGUUGUUGCACAAAGUCUAAAUUACUAUUGGUUGAAACACAGCAGCUGUGGAGUUCAGUCCAGGCAUGAAGACUAAAUCUGCUUUACCAAGUAAGGUGUAAGGUUGCAUGUUUCAGUCCUCUACCAUCUUGCACUGUGAGCAGCACUAUACCUGUGCGUUGUCUGAAAGCCUCUGUAUAUUCUCCAGCUAUAUGGUUGUCUGGUAGCCUUUGCAUUUAACAAACUAGCAUGAGGCUUUUUUUAUAUCUAAAUGCUACGUGAUAGACAAUUUCAGCUAGCCACAUAUUGUAUGUAUGAGAUUCAUAGAGACUUUCAAUCAUUUCAUUUUCAAACAACUGAAAUUUUGUUUAGUAUGUGAAUUUUUUUUUUUUUUUUUUUUAAAUGUAUAGUGAAUAGGAUGUUGCACUGGUGGCAAUUCAUCAUGGAGCAUAAUAAAAUUAAUUUGACCCAAUAGUAUAAAAUAGUGUGUUUUAUUUGUUUAUUGUUAAGAGAGUAACUUUAUAGCAAAGGGUACACAG